UCAAAAUUUCUAUACACAUGAAUAAAAUUUCUCUCUCUGUUUUCUGAGUGAAGCAUUAACACAAACACCAUGGCAGAUGUUCUGAGCGAAGAACAGAUUGGUGAGAUCAAAGAAGCCUUUGGCUUGUUUGACAAAGAUGGAGACGGGUGCAUCACUGUGGAAGAAUUGGCCACUGUUAUCCGAUCACUGGAUCAGAACCCCACGGAAGAAGAGCUCCAAGAUAUGAUAAACGAGGUUGAUGCAGAUGGCAACGGAACCAUAGAAUUUGUUGAGUUUUUGAACUUAAUGGCGAAGAAAAUGAAAGAAACUGAUGCAGAAGAAGAUCUCAAAGAGGCCUUCAAGGUGUUUGACAAAGAUCAAAAUGGUUACAUUUCAGCAAGUGAGUUGAGACACGUUAUGAUAAAUCUUGGUGAGAAAUUAAGUGACGAGGAGGUGGAGCAGAUGAUCAAAGAAGCGGAUUUGGACGGUGAUGGUCAAGUUAACUAUGAUGAAUUUGUGAAGAUGAUGAUGACCGUUGGAUGAAAUUUUUCAUAUGUUUUCUUAUUAAUGUUUGUUGUAUUAUAAUUAAUGUAGCACAUAUGCAUGAUGUGAAUCACCAAUAUACAUUAGCUUCACAUCUCAUAAUAUAUAUAUUUAUAUAUAUAUUUAUAUUCAUUUGUUCAAAAUUCCA